AUGGAAUGUUGGAGCAGCCCCUUCAUCAAUGGCGAUUCUUCUUCCAACUUCAUCUAUCCUUUCCAUAGCUUUGACAAUGCUUCAGGUUCAAUGGUGGAGACACAAGGAGCUCUGCUUCAUGAACAUUAUUAUGCAGCCCCUCCAGUAAUGGUGGAGAGCAGUUAUGGAGAAGCAAGUAACACCAUCAAUGGAUAUGAAACAAAGAAGAAGAAGAUGACAAGCGAGCAGCUAAAGUUACUAGAGAUAAGUUUCCGAGAGGAGAUGAAGCUUGACCCGGACAGGAAGAUGAAGCUGUCCAAAGAACUCGGGCUGCAACCUAGACAGAUUGCGGUUUGGUUCCAGAACAGGAAAGCCAGGUGGAAGAACAAACAACUCGAGAAUCUCUAUGAAUCAUUAAGGCAGGAGUUUGAUGUUGUCUGUCGAGAAAAGAAGUUGCUACAAGAAGAGCUUAUUCAACUGAAGUCAAUGAUAAGAGAGGUUGGUUCGAGUAAAAAGCAGCAAAUGUGGGGACAUGAUUGUAGCGAGGCAAUAUCAGCUCAGUUCCAACUCAACUAG